GCAGCCAAUCUGCUUGUGAACAAAAGCGAUAAUAAUUCACAGAGUCCUGUCUCUUGCUCUUUCUUACGCACGGAGCGCUGAUCUGCUGACUCAGUGCCUUAUUCAGUCCUUUCUCUAGCCGCUUACUGAAACUGCACCGCUUUCCUUGGUACCGAACAACUGUACCCACAACCAUGGCUAAAACCGCAAUGGCAUAUAAAGAGAAAAUGAAGGAGCUAUCUGUGCUCUCUCUCAUCUGCUCCUGUUUUUAUCCGGAGCAUCGCAACAACUUGGUGUGCGAAUUUGAAGAUAUGGAGGUCAAACCUAUUAACAAGAGGGCCUCUGGCCAAGCAUUUGAAGUGAUUCUGAAACCGCCCUCGCCAGUGUCAGAAGUGGCCCACAACCUCUCUGCCCCGAAGAAGAGGGACAUCUCCCUGGAAGACAUCCAGAAGAAGCUGGAAGCUGCUGAGGACAGGAGGAGAUCCCAGGAAGCUCAAAUACUGAAGGCUCUGGCUGAGAAGAGGGAGCAUGAGAGAGAUGUGCUCCUGAAGGCCUUGGAGGAGAACAGCAACUUCAGCAAAAUGGCUGAAGAGAAGUUAACAAUGAAGAUGGAGCAGAUUAAGGAGAACCGUGAGGCCUACCUAGCUGCACUCCUGGAGCGCCUGCAAGAGAAGGAGAGACAUGCAGCUGUGGUGCGCAGGAACAAAGAGCUGAUGGAGGAGCUCUCAGCAUGAGCCGCGGGCCUGCGCCAUCUUUGCCUCACUCCCCGGCUAGCACAGCGCAGACAGAAAGCCUUCGGUGUCCAGAGGGUGGGAGACGCUGCUCCAACACUUAUCAGCAUAAUCAAACGUGACGCACUCCUUUCAGACGAAUGAUUUGCUUGAUGUUGAACAAAAGUGAACAUGGAUCUUGUUUUGUAAAUACUUCCUUUUUUGUUAUAUAUGUAAAAAAUGAGAGUACUACAAUGUGCAUUUUUUAAUUUAUUUUAAUUUUAAUCUGACGUUUCCUGUAACAGGCUUUGAUGUUGUGAGUUGCCAGUUAGCUGACUUUGCGAUGUCUGGUCUUCUGAUUCUAUCGGUUUCUGUAUCUGUUCAAAGUAAGGCACAGGGUAGGGAUUGUAUUGCACUGUAAGCUGCAGUUAGAGGUCUGUUUCAAUUAGCUAGCUGACUCUAAUGUUGUGCUCCCCUGUCUUUCAAACUAAGGGUUAAAUAUAAGAAUGAAUGUGACUGGAAAAUGAGCAUCUCUAGUGAAAACAAGCAUUAGUGAGAAUAGUGUUUUUUUUUUUUACUUUACAGCUACUGUAAUAUCUUGUCAUACUUAUAGACCUGUUGUUUCCCUUUCAAAACAGUGUUGUGCAACCUGCAUGCUUCAAACCAAAAAAACUGUCCUUUUGUUUUUUGGACUCUAUGUGUGGUUUAAAUGAUGGAGUUGUAAUGUCUCUCAUAUACAGUAUAAUAAUCUGAAACUCAGAAAUGCCAGAUUAAAAUAACUUCAUACAUGUGAAGUUGAACAAAUGAGUAAAUUUGACUUAGCACUUGUUUUAGUGAUCACUUCCUGUAUGGCUUAAAAGAAAUUGAUUUUCUUAAUUUAAGAAAAAGGGGUGCAUAUUUUUCUGUAUUUAUGUUUCAGUGUUUAAUUUUUUACUCUUCCAUUCUUCAUCUUAAAUAUUCCCUUCAAACAAAAUCACACUUUGUGUCAUCAGAUAAAUUUUCCUUCUGGUAUAGGAAAUGGGUGGGAGAUGUGUGUGUGUUUGUAUGGGAUGGACUCAGAAACAUUCUGUCACUGCCAUCAUUUUUCAAAGGAACUACAAAAUUUGCCUUAAUCCAGGCAGAAAGGAAGAGUUUACUCUAAACGUUUUGCACACUGGACAGUGGUCCUUUACUUAAGCAUUAAUACGGAGAUUGUGCAAUUUUUUGUGUUGAGCUUUAGACCCAGUCUUAUAAAUGGUUUGUAGAGGUGAAACUGCACAGUUGGUUGGGGGUGAGAGAUCUCAUAUAAUCAUGGAUGUGCAAAAGGUAUAAAGCUUUGCUGCUUGUAUAACCUGUUGAAGUAACAAUAUAUAUAUUGCGAUCAGCUAUAGUUUGUAUUAUUUUUGUGAGAUAAUGAAAAGAUCCCCAGUGCAAAUCCGAAUGGGGAAUGUUUUCAUGAAGAUGUGCGUACUGACGCUAGAGUGUGAAAAGGCCAAAGAGAAGUUUUGGACCUCUAUGUAUACAGCACAGCCCCUCUGUAAGGGUACGUGCAGUGUUGGCUAUGGAAGAAUAGAAGAAAGCCAAAAUGAUAGCAUUUUUGUGCAUACAUCAUCCAUCACACAAAGCUGGCGUGCUACAGAUGUGAUACAGACGUGAAGAAAUCUUAUCGGUGGAGUUUGGGGCUUCUCUCCUCUACUACUGUAUGUGUGUGUGUAUGUUUGUGGGGGAGGAGCAGAUGAUACUGGGUAGAUGUGUUGUUGCUCUUUUGAAUCUGGAAGGCGAAUGAGUGCUAAGCAUUCAAUGCACGUAGCUCUCUCACUUUCGUUUUGUCGCAGCUCUUGGAAGAUUUCUUGUCUGCCUGCAUUUCUUGCGUCCCAUUUGUGUUAUUUCCCCAUAUAUAUCUGUGAGCAAGCUGUGACGAAUAAAGGGCUGGGGUUCUGUGAGCUGAAA